CUGCCCACGGCCCACCCGAUCCAUUACCAUAACGAGUCAUUGCUUUCAACUAGCAACCUCUUCGUACAAAUCUUUCGGAUUCUGUCUACUUGGCAAAGAGCUACGUCGACUACCUCCUUCUCCGCCACAUCAUCGUGUGUAAUCCGCACUUCAGCCGCCCGUCUGGAAGCCAUGGCCGGCGGACACACUCUCAUCUUCUCCUCCGCCCCCACCUCUAACUCUCUUCUCUUCCCCGUCCCCAUUUCAGCUACUCCACUCCAGUCUUCCUUCUACGGCGCAUCUCUCAAAGUCAACCCCGUUGUCAAAUCGCUGACCCUCCACGCCGUUUCCGCUCGCAAGCCCAUCACGGUCGUAUCCGCCGUGAAGAAAGCUGUCUCCGUACUAAAAGGAGCCUCCAAUGUAGAAGGCGUCGUCACUCUCACACAAGAUGACAAUGGUCCAACCACAGUGAAAGUUCGUGUAAAUGGUCUUUCUCCUGGACUUCAUGGAUUUCACCUUCACGAAUUUGGUGAUACAACAAAUGGGUGCAUAUCUACAGGAGCACAUUUUAAUCCAAAUAAAGUGACACAUGGAGCUCCAGAGGAUGAAGUUCGUCAUGCGGGUGACCUGGGAAACAUAUUGGCUAAUGCCGAAGGCUUGGCCGAAGCAACAAUUGUUGAUCACCAGAUACCAUUAAGUGGUCCAAAUUCAGUUGUCGGAAGAGCUUUUGUGGUUCAUGAACUUGAGGACGACCUUGGAAAGGGUGGCCAUGAGCUCAGUCUCACUACUGGAAAUGCAGGUGGGCGGUUGGCUUGUGGUGUGGUUGGCUUAACUCCCGUAUAAGUCAAGGAUUGAAGCUGAAUUUUCUCAGAGGAUUCACACCUAAUAAAUAAAUAUGGGAUUGUAUGUAGACUCAUGAGUUUAUAAGACAUGUCUUUGUUUGGAAUGCUCAAGUGUAUUGUUAUUGAAAGUUCACUCACCUUUUGGGUUUCAACGUCUCUAUAUGAAUUGUGUGAAUUCUCCAUUGCUGCAUGUUGUCAUGAGAGGGAUGAGAAAGGUAUUCACGCUUAGGAGUUUAGUGUAUGGUUGCGGCAUUUAUCUC